AUGGGCUCAAUCGAUCAGCCCAAGAAGCAACUCAUCCUAAAUGCAUUUGCGAUGCAAUCACCCUCCCACCUGAACCCAGGUCUCCAUCGCUACCCGAAGGACCAAGGCGGCGCCUACAAGUCGCUGCAGCAUUGGGUAUCUCUGGCGCAAAAGCUCGAGGCCGCAAAGUUCCACGCGAUCUUCUUCGCCGACGUUGUUCCCGCGAUGGCGGCCGCGACCGAGUCGAUCGGGUUCGGCGUCACGGCAUCGACGACAUACGAUGCACCGUAUGCGCUCGCGCGACGAUUCUCAACCGUUGACCAUUUGACCAACGGUCGCGUGGGAUGGAAUAUUGUGACGUCGUACCUGGAUUCCGCGGCGCGUAAUUUUGGCCUCAACACGCAGGUCGAGCACGACGAGCGCUAUCGCAUUGCAGAUGAAUACCUCGAUGUCACAUACAAACUCUGGGAGGGCUCCUGGCGGGACGAUGCUGUUAAUGUCAAGGAUGGAGUGACUGGGUAUGCUGAUCCCAGAGCCGUCAGGCAGAUCAACCACGAAGGGAAAUACUUCACCGUCCCAGGGCCACAUCUGUGUGAGCCGAGUCCGCAGCGCACGCCUUUCCUGCUACAGGCCGGUACCUCCACCGCAGGCAAGGCCUUCGCGGCGAAGCACGCCGAAGCGAUUUUCUUACACGGUCAAACCCCGGAGCUAGUGCGACCGUCCGUUGAUAAUGUUCGACAGCAGGCACAGGCGCAGGGUCGCGAUCCCGCUUCCAUCAAGGUUGUGGCGGGUAUUCUGGCUAUUGUGGCCGAGACUGACGAGGCGGCUCAUGCGAAAUUCGCUGAGCUGGCUCAGUAUGGAGAUCCGGAGGGCGCUCUGGCUUUGUUCGGUGGAUGGUCAGGGUACGACUUGUCCAAAUAUGAGGACGAUCAGGACUUUCGGUUCGUGGAGCAGCCUGCGAUCCGUAGUAUGGUGAAUCAUUGGGCAAGCACGGUGCCGGGGACGGAGGGCAAAAAAUGGGACAAGAAGACAAUCUCAGAAUACCUGAUCAUGGGGGGCAAUGGGGCAAAGGUUAUUGGAAGUGCGAAGACUGUCGCGGAUGAGUUGGAGCGGUGGGUUGAAGUCGGCGAUGUGGAUGGGUUCAAUCUGAGCUAUGCCUCAAUCCCUGAGACUUUUGACGAUAUCAUAACGUAUUUGAUUCCGGAGUUGCAGAGGCGAGGGAUCUUCCACACAGAGUAUGCCGUCAAGGGAGGCACAUUCCGCGAGAAUGUGUAUGGAGAGAAGGGACAGACACGACUGCCCCAGUCUCACCCAGGGGCUAAGUACGUGUGGCACGCAGGAGAGGAGACCCCAAAGUACGCGUUAGAAAAGCACACGUAA